CCAUUUCCCGAAUGCCAAGCCGUUACCUCAUUUCCGGCAGUUGAGGUCGACAAGUAUUUCCUGCAGAUGAGGUCAGCAGAUCCGAGAAGAUGGAGGCCGUCGUUAGUGAAACCGUAACUCCGGAGGAUUUAAUGAAAUUUGAAAAGAAGUACACAGCUGAACUGGCUAAAGGCUCUGUCUCCAAAGACAGCCAGUUUGAGUACGCCUGGUGCCUGAUCAGAAGCAAGUACUCCAACGACAUAGCCAAGGGCAUCCUGCUUCUGGAAGAGCUCGUGCACAAGGGGACAAAAGAUGAUCAGCGAGACUAUCUGUUCUACCUGGCUGUGGCAAACUACAGACUGAAGGAGUAUGAGAAGGGACUGAAGUACGUCCGCGUUCUGCUGAAGAACGAACCGUCCAACACGCAGGGCUUGGAGCUGGAGAAGCUGAUCAAGAAAGCCAUGCAGAAAGAUGGGCUUGUCGGCAUGGCGAUAGUCGGUGGGAUUGGCCUGGGCGUGGCCGGGCUGGCCGGCCUCAUUGGAUUGGCUGUGGCCAAGUCCAAAUAAGGGAUUGGAAGACCCCGCCCCCUGCAGAACGCUCCAGACCCGAGGAUUCCGAAUCUGUCCACUCUGUUUGCAUUUCACUUGGAAUAACCAGACGCGCCUGAGCUUGAUACCCGAACACACCGCGGCUGCGCCAGCUCCUAGAAAAACCUGGAGUGGGUGAAGCGGCUGUGCAACGGGAGUCUGAUUGCCAUCCCCGCAGCACCUGUCUCUGAAAAAAAAAAAAUAAGCCCUUUUAAUUCAGAGAGGGGCAAAUAGCGAGCUUGUCCUGUGCAGGGUGAAAUGUUACUAAAAUAUAUAUAUGUGUGCGUAUGUUCCAAUAAGUUUUAUUUUAGCUUUUUACAAAACAUCUGUAAUGUAAAAAAUCUAUAUAUUUUUUUUUUGCAAGACAUUAAUAGCCAAAUAUGUAUAAUUGAGUGUGUUUUGUAAAUAAAACUGUAAUAUAACAA